CCAGAUCGAUAUUCUGGUUAAUACUUGGAGGAACGCGAUUCAAAACCCUAAACUUUGUAUUUAUUUUUAACAUACAUAGAUACACUUUACACGCGUAUUUAUAGUUAUAAAUUUACAAGUUAACAUAAUAUAAUAGUGAAAUUCGACUCGCGGAGCUCGAGGCGAGCAAGCAGAACGCGAUACCAACGAGGCGGAGCAGAAAAAGGAAAAAAAGCGAAACAACGCCUGUGAAAAGCGAUACAACCAAAACAAAACGUAAAACGAAUUCCAAUCAUGAAUAACAAAGGAGCAAAUGGAUAUCCGUCGUAUGAUGCCGCACAUCAGGCCGCAUAUCAGCAAUACAUGAACGGUCAGCUUCCUGCACAUGCACAAUUGCCGCCUUCGUACAACUCGGUGGUCACCAGUAUGACGCCGACCUAUCCGCCAUAUCCUCCCGGAAUCGUGCCACAGCCGUUCUACGGUAAUAGCUGGAGCGUGAAUCCGUCCCCGCAGGGACAGUUCGCACCGCCGCCACCACCGUACGCGGCCACACCGACUGCUGUAGCGGCCAUUCCGGCGCAGACGAUGCAUCCGCAGAUGUACCAGUAUCAGAUUGCGGCCGCUCCACCACCACAGGCUCAGCCGCCGCAGGUCUACCAAACGCAAAUGUAUCCAGUUCAAGGUGCCAUGUUUGAUGCCGGUGCACGGUUCGGUAAAACCGGUGGACAGCCGUCGGUUCCACCGCCACCACCCGGCAUUCUUCCCAAUGCAGCCCAGCUGGCCACAAUGCAGGGCCAACAGGUUGUGGUGACGAAGAAAAAGAACAACUUUCUCCACGGUGGCAACGGUGGCGGCUAUACGUUCUGGUGAAGUGUGGGAUAGUGCAGCCUUUUUGCUGCGCUCCUCCACCCCAAACAGGCUGGAAUGGAGCUGUGCUGAGGGCAUGUGGUGCCAUGUGGGUAAGCAAAUUGGGAAUUGGAAAGAAGCGACAGGAAGCGGAGAAAGAGAGCGUGGGAGUAGGAUUGAGAUUGUGAGGUGAAGGACAAACUGAGCACAAGCACCGUUGACUAAGGAACACGGACACUUGACGAGAAGACUGUAUACAAUCGGAACGCGUUUGAUGAUGAACUGGAUGGAAAGCAAUAGGCGGUUGGCGGUAUGCUUGCUGUUUUGGGAGUACCGAAACAGCCCGAUGGAAGGCUUACGGUUUACGAACAACGCAUAAAAGUACGCGUUUUGUAGCGUAUCAAAAAAGAAGACUAGAAACCUUAAAUGAACUCCUCUGAAUUUAUAGCAUUUUUUGGGUCGUAUUGUGUAAUCCCCACCUUAUUUGAUUGCAUUUGUUGCCAAGCAAAUGUUUCCAACCAUAAAGUACGAAUGAAUUGAAUACGAUAUCCUAUCCUUACCACUAAACUGUCCGAAGUUUCUCGUCUUAUGUUUAUCCUUAUAAAAGAUAGUUCCUUUUCUCAAUCAUUCUGUUUAGUAGCUUGAAGAUACUAGUAAAACAAGUCUUCUUCAUCCAGGAGUACAUUUAUCGACGACUUGUGUGUUCAAAUUCAAUGCAAAUAUGGCAAGCAUACACACAAGAAAAACAGCCCUCUAUAUACACUGAGAUCUGGACGUGCAUAUUGUGUGGUUUGGGAGAUAUUCACCGGAUAAUAAUACUAAUAAUGACCCACAGAGACUGCUCAACGAAGGUAACAGUAACUGAUGAAUUAAUUACACAAUCGCCACUGUAUGUUAAUUCCACGCACAGAAAGAGUGAGGGAGAGAGAGAGAGAGAGGGAUGGGUGCUAAACUUUAUUGAGGACAGGUAGAUGAAGGAAAGCUGUUAUCAGUAGCAAAUGGUUAAACUGGCAACGGAGUAGGAAAGGAACUAGCACAAGAGCAUAAAGCAUAAUUAAUCAUCGAGUGAUCGAUCCCUUGUUCAAAACCAUGCAAUUAGUUACUGCAGAAUACAAUCUCGAGCAAAAGUAAAUACAUUAUAUAAAACUGCAUUGGUGACAGUAGCAAUUUAGACGGAACCGUAGGAGCAAAGGGCCGACGCGAAGUCGUCUACUGAAGGCAAGUAAGAAACGUAAAUGGUACUAUUGCCCUAUAAAAAUACACUCCCGGUAAACCUAAGUACACAUUCACCUACACGAUAACACCUCGUAAGAACCUCCUUGUUAAAUGGCAGCAUUAGUAAAAAAACAACCGGCGGGCAAAAACCCAAUCAAUCGGAUCAAUUAUACUACUACGGAGUGAAAACACCGAAUACAAUAUAAAAGCAAUCUUGAAAAGCAAAAGAGCACGAUCUCACAAUCGUGUGAGUCGUAUGAAUGACACAUAACGCAACAAUAUCGCCUCGUUUUCUUCCGGGUAUCAUCACUGUUACUACUACCUGUUAGGAAAAUCCUUCAACAACAUUGCCUACGAAUGGGAAGCACAAAACGUUACUUUCUUGUGAUAGUUGGUUCCACGUCGAGGGAGAAGCAUUACCAGAGCUAAUACUCCCAAACCUGGAAGCGGUAACGCCACUGUGAGCGUACAUGAAGUACAAUUAGAAACCUUACCGUGCGUUAACCUCAGCAGAAUUGGAUGAUAAUCCAGUACGUGGGCGAUGACGACAACCGUGUUCAAUAGUUGAAGCUUAAAUUAACUUUGUGCUGUAUCAGGGCUAGGCAUGCCAGACUGAUCGAGUUUGGGUUUAUUCCUCCAAAGGGAAUAAACUAGGAUAACUGAACUGUUUGACGCGUGUCUAGUCCAGAGCUACUAGCAAUAAUGUUUCUGCUAAACCGAAAUUCAGUACAGUACCAUGGUACCUCCUUCGUCCUUUUAAUCCUUGUAUCAAACGACGAGUGCAUGAGAAUAAGAAACGACCAAAAUUAGAAGACUUCCAGGUGAAACGAAAUCUAAAUUAACGCGCGUUGUUUCACGAUGGUGAUGGAUAAUAACAAAGAAUGGUGAAAACAAACAAAACAUAUUAACUCAAAACGGGGGGAAAACAAAAACUGACUGCAGUGCAGAGCGCGCCUUGUGUGGAGGUCCGAUGGUGGAAAAUUCCUAAACGUGCGAAUGAAUAGUUUUGCUCCUUACGUGGAACAAUGGACAAAAUCAUGGAAAUAAUGUUACGCAUUAGAAAAGAGUUAAAACAGUUCAGACAAAAAGCAAAACACAUGUAACGAUCCAGCAAACAAAAAAAAAGGAAAAGGAAAAUAACUAUUGGCGAAUGUAGAGCGAAGCGCAAAACAAAAUAAUAUCAAUUCAAUAGCAGUAGCGAAGAAGCGUGUAAACGACGUUGGUGUGUAGGAAAAUCAACAACAGAACUGCAAAAGGGAAAGUAAGGCAAACCCAAAAAAAAAGAGAGGUUCUUGUACGAAUGGACGGAAAUGAUGAUUAAAAUUACAAUUACAAGUGAUCUAGUUUGGCUGAGAAACUUUAUUCAAAACAAAACAAAUAUAUAUAUACUUAUAUAAACAUAUACGUUGAAUCCAUAUUCACCGAGGAAUCGGGGGAAGAAAAUACGCGCGAAAAGCGUACAUGUGAAAAGGACACCUAUUGCUUAUUGCAAUGCUCCGUACUAUUACGGGCGUGAGUGACUCGAACGCGGAACAAGGAUGUUGGAAUGCAGUGAACAGGAAUGCUUUAAUAAUUAGCCAAAAGCGGGGAAGCGUAGAUGAUAAGUGUGAUCAACGAAAUUGAUGAUCGAACACACACACACACACACGGUUUGUGACCACCCAGUGAGGAAAGAGAGGAAGGGACGCUAGGCGCUAAAGCGGAUCUAAGUAAGGUUGACGAAUGGUUUUUUUUAAUGUAUGCAAUUUUUCGUUUAUCAAUGUUUUUUUUAGUUUAUCGUUUUGUUUCGAAACUUAGACGCGCCAUUGUAUUGUGUGGACUUUAAAAAUUCUAUCUAUAUUACCGUUUCGUAAUUCUGUUAAGAUAAUUUCGUUCCUACAUACUUUUGCAAUCAACGAAGGAGCAUGAAACGGAUGGGGGCACGGACGGAUUAUGUUUAUUACCGAUCCCGACAAAUAGUAAGGACAAGUAUUUCUGAAACUGAAACAUGAUAAUGAAUAAAGAAACAAAACCA